GGCCCAGUCAGAAUGGUUCUUUUGAACUCGUUUUAAGAACUAGAGUAAAACAGCUUACUGUGCAUCGAUGGAAAUAACUGUAGGGUAACCCGGUUGUUUUGCACUGGCCGCCCUGAGCUUGCCAUCUCAUAUUACAUGCCAAGCGCAAGUGGCCUGUCACAGGUCCUCAAAUGCUUGGUGCUUCAGUCGAACUUGCUGUAACCGGUAGAAUGUCCUUUUAAAUUGCCACAUAGCAUAAACUAAAAUCCUCCCAAAAGGACAAGGUACGGCAGUUCAUGUCCUUUACUCAAGCCGGGGAGAAGACCGCCGUAUACUGCCUCACUCAGAAUGACUGGAAACUAGAGGUGGCCACCGAUAACUACUUUCAGAACCCAGAUUUGUACCACAAGGAAUCCAUGAAAAGCUCAGUGGACCGAAAAAAGCUGGAGCAGCUUUACAAUCGAUAUAAAGAUCCCCAGGAUGAGAAUAAGAUUGGGAUCGAUGGAAUUCAACAGUUCUGUGAUGACCUCAAUCUGGAUCCAGCCAGCAUCAGUGUUCUGGUUGUGGCAUGGAAAUUCCGUGCAGCAACACAGUGUGAAUUCAGCAAGAAAGAGUUCAUUGAGGGCAUGACAGAGCUGGGGUGUGACAGUCCGGAGAAGCUUCGAGCUCUUCUGCCCAGAUUAGAACAGGAUCUGAAAGACAACGGAAAGUUCAAAGACUUCUACCAGUUCACCUUCAACUUUGCCAAGAAUCCUGGACAAAAAGGUUUAGAUUUAGAGAUGGCAGUAGCCUAUUGGAACCUGGUUCUGGCUGGACGUUUUAAGUUCCUAGACCUCUGGAACAGAUUUUUAUUGGAGCAUCAUAAGCGAUCAAUUCCCAAAGACACAUGGAACUUGCUCUUGGACUUCGGCAGCAUGAUUGCAGAUGACAUGUCAAACUAUGAUGAAGAAGGAGCAUGGCCUGUUCUCAUCGACGACUUUGUGGAGUACGCUCGGCCAAUCGUGACAGGAUCAAAACGCAAAACUGUAUAGUAACGCUGCCCCUGGGCGAGAACUGACGCCUUGGUCGCCUCAUUGACUUUGUAGUUUUUUUAAAGCCUUGUAAUCAUUAUAAGAGAGAACUAAGAGAAACAUUUGAAACCGACAAGCUUUGCAAAAGGAAAUAUCAGGAUGGAAAAGAUUACUCAGACUUCCACACAUCACACAGGAAGGACAAGAGUGCAACACUCAAGAUUUCUUAUAGAGCCAUCAAAUGCACAUGGCCAGCUAUAUUUGCACUGGCGACUCAGUUCUAGCCUGAAACCCUUGGAGAUUUUGGGUGGAUAACUUUGAACCUUGUACCUCAUCUCCAUAACAAUCAGUGUCAUAGGGCCGAGUCUUCAUUGCCUACCCACUCCUCACAGUCUGAAUUAUGGUAUAAUCUUUCCAGUUUUGUUUUAGAUUAUGUACCCAUCUGUCUGGGUGUGUAUCUCAUGCAGGACGUGAUGCUGAUCAUGUCCGCAUUUUAAGCCAGACGUUCAUGGGCAGCACAGCAUGCGGCUCACAACACCAGCACUAUUGUUACAGUUGUAAAAUACUGUAUCUACUGCAGCAGUAUAUACAGUCAGAAAUGUAUUAUCAUUAAUGUUUUAUUAUAUGAAAUAUGAAACAUAUGAAAGAAAGGUGUGGUCAAAACAAGAUGCCUCCAUACCAUGUUCUUGUGUGAUUUUGGGUCAAACGUGUCAUCUGCCCUGUUGCGGAACUUGUAACAACAUGGUUCAGUGUUACUCUUCUUCUUUUUUUUUUGUUUAUCAGAUUUAUGUUAUGGAAUAAAUUAUUGCCCUUUA